UGGCAGACCUCGGCUCCCCAUAACCUACCUCCCUGCAUGAAGAAUUCCCACAAUCACCGUGGCGGAGGUAAUAAAAAUCCGCUGGCGCGACCUGGGCAUGCUGCCCGGUCAUCCGCGCAAAAACCAUAAGAUCAUCUUGACCCAUUCCGGCUGAGACCAGUCGUGGUGUUGUGCGCGCGCAGCCAGCACACAGCUUGAGCCCGACGAAAUGGAAGUGAUCAGCAACGCAACGUUGCCGUACCCGCCAGAGGCUAUUAGCUCGCCUUGGGCUCUGUCUCGACUGGCGUUGCAAAUAUGCAUCCUCGCAGUUUUCAGCAUCUGCAUCAAGCGGCUUUACUUCCAUCCUCUCUCAAAGUAUCCGGGACCAUGGUAUCACGCAGUGUCCGAUCUUCCCUUUGUCGUCUCGCUGUUAUCAGGACGGCAGUUUGCAUACCACAAGAAGCUGCAUGAUAAAUAUGGUCCCGUCGUCCGGCUUGCCCCAAACGAACUGAGCUUCAUCACCCCUCAGGCGAUGGAAGACAUUUUUGGAUAUGGAACCAAGAAAGGAAUGUCGCCCACUGAAAAGGAUCCCCGUUUCUCGCUGGCCACCAAGAUGAAGCCUCCACACGGGCUCAUCACUGCUCCCAAGGACGACCAUGCUCGCCUCCGCCGGGGGCUGGCCUCCGUCUUCACCACUUCCGCCCUCAUCCAGCAAGAAGUCAUCGUCCAGUCCCACGUGGAUGAGCUCAUCGCCGCAUUUUCGAGCGCCUGCGACGGAAGUAAGGACGGCAGCGCGGUAGUUGACAUGCAGCUUUGGGCAAACUUCCUCGCCUUCGACGUGAUUGGGUCUCUUACUUUCGGCAAGGCGUUUGGAUGUCUCAAGGCGGGAGGUGGCGAGAACCUCGACUUUGCUAGGUCAUUGAGGCAUAUCAUCACCAUGGGCCCCUACGAGCAGGCCGCGAGCAGGCUUGUCGGACUGAACUCCCCGUUGCAGCCAUUGGUGUGCAAGCUAUUGGCUGAUAAGACCGUCUACGAGACCCGCAUGAAGUCAUACGGGAGGACCUUCGGCGCCGUUCAAGCAAGAGUCGCUGCCGGCGUAAAGGAGGACCACAAGGACUUCGUAUAUCACAUCCUAAAGAACAACGAGAACCGACAUCUCCUGUCCGAGGGCGAGAUCAUGGCCAACCUGGCGGGCUUCAUAAUAGCAGGGGGCGAGACCGUGGGGCUCACGCUGACGCUGUGGGCAUACUGCAUGGGGACGCACCGGGAGGCCUACCACAAGCUGCGCGACCUGAUCCGCGGCACCUUCGCCCGGGCCGAGGACAUCAGGUGGACCGCCCUCAAGGACAUGGACUACCUCAACGCCGUCAUCCGCGAGACGUUCCGCCUGCCCCUCUUCGGGACCGUCCAGCGCCUCCGCGUCGUGCCGCCGGGCGGGAUGCCCGUCGACGGCCACAUGCUCCCCGGCGGCACGACGGUGGCCAUCUCCGAGUACGCCGCCACGCACCACCCGGACAACUUCAAGGACCCGGACGAGUUCCGCCCCGAGCGCUGGCUCGACACCGACCCGGCCACCAUGGACGCCCUCGCCCUCUCGCGGCCCUUCUCGUACGGGCCCCGCGACUGCAUCGGGAAGAACCUCGCUGGUAUUGAGGUGCGGCUGGCGAUCGCGCACGUCAUCUGGAACUUUGACCUGGAGAUCGAGCCUAUCGAGAAUGGGGGGCCCAACUGGGCUUGGGACAAGGAGGGUGAUUGGAAGCAUGUCAGCGCUGUGGCUGGGCCGAUGUUCGCUCCGCUGUAUGUGAAGUUCACAAAGGUCGUGAGGUAGUUCAGGCUCGGGGCGCCAUUUUGUUCCGUACUUUUGUCCGGCUUCUCGGGAUGGUAUCAUGUGCAUAUUCAGGGGCUCCUCGGCGGUGUACCUUGGUAUUUCUGGGUAUUUCUUGGAAGUCGCGAAUGAAUCGGUAUUGAUGGUCCGAG